AUGGGCAACGAGCAAUCCGCCCCCAGCGCGAGACGACGUGCCCAGAAUAAACUGUCGAAACCGAGAACAAACACAACCGGAAACCUGUUGAACUCCAAAGGCCCAGCAAUCUCGAGUCGCCGGAAUCCCGGAUCCAACAAUCCUUCUGCUACAGAUUUGGGAUAUAACUAUGUCUCCCGCGAGGCCGGGAACGAGGGAAACGAUCGGACACGGUGGAAACGGAUCAGUCUCUUCAGAUCAAAGAGCAUACAAGGACAAAGCCAGAAUCCAGAGAUAGUUGCUGGCCCUGACACCGAAAUUGUCGAGCGACUUCCUCUGGACAGUCGUACUCGCAGACACUCAUCCGCCAACUCUAUUACCCUUCACCACUCAAUCGAUGAUUUGCACCACAGACCUCCAAAUACUCGUAUGUCCUUGCAGCACGUCCCGCACACGCAGCAUCACCCACGAUUAUCACUGGUCGCCGAAGUCCAAUUGACACCCGCCGAGAAGGUAGAGUCUUUGAAAGGAGUCUCUUUAUACAGCCAGGAGGAGCAUUCCCAGCUUUCGAAUACGCCGCUACCGAGAACAACGUCGGAUACAACGUUAUAUGGUCCUAUACGGCGCCGGUCAUUGCAGCAACCCGGGGUUGCAACAAGGAGGAGUUAUAUCGGGGAUGAUUUCCACCAGUCAUUACCCUCUGAAUUAAGAAAUGGCAGGAAUGACUCUCGGCAGUCAUUGCCCUCUCAAUUAAAACGUGCAGAGCAACUGCAGGACUACUAUUACCACCCUGCGGUGCCAGCUUCAUCUUCAAUAUUAAGUCAAGGGGUAUUAGGACAACAAAUAAGCCUGACUGCUCCAGGACAGCGAGUACAAACACCAACCGAUUUAGAUUAUGGGCAUAUUGGCGCAUUCAAGCUCGGCUCGUUAAGAAUAACCAACGGAGAGGCUAGCCCAGAUCUCAGCGACGGGGGACUUACCGGCGCCGAGGAGGAUUAUUUGACCAUGGGUAAAAGAAGGCGAGGAGCCAGCCGACAGCUUGAUGUCAGCCAGGCCAGACAAGCACUUUCUUCCGCAGAUAAUACCACCAAGCCAGCUUAUGCUGUUCGAGCGGAAUCUCCAUUGCGACAAUCUCUUGAAGGUGAACGCAAACCGUUGACUAUUGAGACACAGUUGACAGCUCUCGAUCCAUCUCUUGGUCUUUUUGAUUUCAAGAAUAAAUAUUCCCCAGGGAAAGCGGUGGAAAUGGCCAAUGAUUACGCGCAGGAGCUAACAUUAAGUCCAUUCUCCUUCGUUGCGUCACCAACUGUAUCUCCAAAACUGCAAGCUACAAGUAAGCAUAUGGCUGUAGAGGAUGAUCUGUUUGAGCUGGAACCCAUUAGCCCAGCGCAAGAUGUCGCUCGAAUUGCCCCAAGAUCGAUUGAUUCAGGAUAUGGAGGUGUAGGCGAUUUGAGGAAGAGGAAUGGACCACUGGAUGUGGCUUCAAAGCCUUUGGCCAAGGCGGACAGUGGAUAUAGUUCGAUUAUUUCUUUGAGAUCGCUCAAAAGGGACGCAGCACCUGCAGUUCCUCCAAAAGACAUGCCCACAGUUCCAGCAAAAUCUCCCGUUUCCAGAGUGGCGGCAAGCACAUAUUCUACGUCGCCAGCCUCGGAAGUAGCACUUCCCACACAACCAUCAUUAGCAAGUAUCUAUCUCCAGCCGGAAACAACUUCAAAGCCAUCGAGAAAUUCCUUUGUAGCGCCUCUCAAACCAUAUAUUCAUGAAUUAGAGACUGGUACUUCUACUUUACCACCCCAAAAGCCCGAAGUGCGAACUCAUAUUGGGAUGUUGGCAAACCCCUUCCGACAGAGCUUACCUAUCACCCUCGAUGCGUCCAAUGGACUUCCAUAUUACAAUGAUGUGUCCAGUAGUUCCAAGAUCUCAACGGCAAACGCGGAAUCGCAACGACGCAUCAAUAAAAUACAGAAACCUCGCCCAGAAUCCAUUGCUACUCCAGGGGGCCCAAACUUCCCUAUUCAAGCAAUCAAUUCAAGCAGCGGAAGACUGAGUCUUCCUUCUAUGGCAAAAAAAGCGGAGCGAGUUCCUGUUGGAAGCUUUCCCAACACCACAACUAGCACCAUUGAUCUCAAACGAGCACGAAGCAAAGAUACUCUAGGGACUAUUCUAUCAGUAGGAAGCGCCGAAGUCCGGGACGAAAUUAGUGUUACCAGGCUGCACGGUGAGCUACCGCCUAUGCAUGGAACUAUUCCGGAAUAUUCGACAUCCGUUCCCGAGUCGAAAUCACUUCCUUUCUGGAAGUCGUUUGGGAGCAAAAGAAGCUCAAGCCAGACUAAGCCAAGCUAUCAGAUUUCUGCACCAAGUAGGGUUGAUGAGGAGCAGAGCAAUUUCGAAGCCCACGUCACCUCAGUCCAAGCGGUCGCAUCUUCUCUUGGAAAAUCUUCACAUGACAUACCCCCUUACCCCACAGCCAUACCUAGCGGCUCAGUUACGAAUGUACGACCCAGAUCCAUGACCUCUCAACUCGAAGCAGACGCUGCUACCCGUUUUCAACUUGCUCGCAGUGCAUUCCAAGAGCCGCAAGGCCCGAAUGUCCUCCGAAGCAGAAAAUCUUACGACUCAGCGCUAGUGGGUAAUAGACAGUCAAGGACGUCAGCCACGUCGUCGAGCAAUUCGCGCGGAUACCCACCACAAUCCCACACAAACAGGAGCGCUCGAAAAAUACACUCCCCAACUCCCUUUAAGAGCCCAGUCUCACAGUCUUUCCAAAAGCAAAGUGUUCAGAAAGCAGAUACCGCAGAGGAUUCAAUUCUUUCACAACAAACGAGACAGAAACCACCCCCGCCAGUGUCUAUGCAGACCCAACGCCAAUCAAGCCAGACUAUUAUCGAUAGUCAUACAACUGCACCACCAUUACGCAAGCCACCUAUAGCACCUGGCCCGGAUCGAGCACCACCAUGUGCGCCUCCAGAUUCGUCUUCAGAUCAUAAUGAGGUGUCCGAUCAUUGGGCUAAACAGAAAGAUUUCUGGGCGGAGAGAAGAAGAUCGGCAGAGGUUGUUUUGCGAGCCAAAAAGAGCAUGGAAAGCAUCCGAGCAAGGACCGCCGUAACUUCGUUUGACUCCGAAAAUGAAUCGAGAUUGAGUGAUGGCAUGGACAUCCGACGAUCAGAAAGCGCGGGACCUAUUAGCGGAACAGAGCCUUUCGAAUACGGGAUGACGGGUGGGUAUAGAGGGGUUGAUCAAGCUCCCCAGAAAUCGUGGAUUGGACAUUCCACUGGGCAUCAUCGCAGGCAGUGGCAAGAACGGGCGGUCUCGGAGACAUACCACCAUACAUAUGGCUCUUCCCUUGCCCCGGCCCAAGAUUACUACCAACAUGGCCCAGAGGAAGAUUACUUCCCUGCAGAUGACCAAGAUUACGAUACCCAAAUGCCCCAAGACAUUCAUGCUAGGAAUAGCUCGACCCACCAAAUGCUAGGCCUAGACCCGUACACCGGUCCACUUGGCUAUAGCUAUCAAUCUGGCUACGGCCUGGUGGGGAGUGCGGGCACCAGAAGUGUAGGGAAUCUGGCCAGUGGCUGUGGCGUCGAUUUAAGCCAUGCCCGCAAUUUCCUACAGAGAGUGAAUUGA